CAUGAGAGGUUGUUUUGCUUUUGCUGUUUCUCCUUCAUCGCCCUCCAGCUGGAUAGGACUGUCGCGACGCGGUGUUGGAAACUGCUUGAACAACGAACCAACUAUCUGCACCAACGCAAAACUUCCAGUAGAAUGGCUGUCCCUCCAUCAUAUGGUGACCUUGGUAAAUCUGCAAAGGACAUCUUCAACAAAGGAUAUGGUUUUGGAUUGGUGAAACUUGAUGUCAAGACCAAGUCUUCAAGUGGAGUGGAAUUCAAAACCUCUGGCUCAUCCAACACUGACACCAGCAAAGUCAACGGGAACCUGGAGACCAAGUACAAAUGGGCUGAAUACGGUCUGACGUUUACAGAGAAGUGGACCACAGACAACACUCUGGGGACUGAGAUCACCGUUGAAGACCAGAUCACCAAAGGACUGAAACUUACGUUCGACACCCAGUUCUCACCAAAUUCUGGCAAGAAGAGUGGGAAGGUGAAGACUGCGUAUAAGCGUGAAUAUGUCAACUUGGGCGUGGAUGUAGACUUUGACUUUGCCGGCCCGGCCAUCCAUGGGGCAGCGGUGGCCGGAUAUGAGGGAUGGCUGGCUGGCUACCAGAUGACCUUCGACACGGCCAAGUCCAAAAUGACCCAGAGCAACUUCGCCGUUGGCUACAAGACGGGAGAUUUCCAGCUGCACACCAAUGUUAAUGAUGGCACAGAGUUUGGAGGGUCCAUUUACCAGAAGGUAAAUGACAAGCUGGAGACUGCUGUGAACCUGGCCUGGACAGCAGGCAGCAACAGCACGCGCUUUGGCAUCGCUGCCAAGUAUCAGCUGGACUCCAGUGCCUCCAUAUCUGCUAAAGUUAACAAUGCCAGCUUAGUGGGAGUGGGCUAUACCCAGACGCUGCGACCAGGUAUGAAACUUGUCCUGUCUGCACUGGUCGAUGGUAAGAGCAUCAACGCCGGUGGCCACAAACUGGGACUGGGCUUGGAGCUAGAGGCAUAAGUAUCUAGCUAUCCUUUCUAGUGAAGUCUUCAUAUUUUAAUAUUUGAGGGAAUAUCAGAAGAAUUUGGCCUUAUUUAUUUCCAACCCAACAACCAGUAAGGGAUGUCUCAAAGGAAAGUGAUGAAUCUAAAACAUCAACAACAUAGCCCUCGGUUCUGUCAGUUAGAUGGAUCCCUGACCUAUCAGCCACUGUCAUUUCCUUUCAGUUGGUUUGUAGUCAGUCAUCCUGUGUGUCCUAUGAACAGUAGCCCAGUACCACUAAGCCUGUUAUGUAUUGGUUUGUAGUCAGUCAUCCUGUGUGUCCUAUGAACAGUAGCCCAGUACCACUAAGCCUGUUAUGUAUUCAGUCAUGUAUUCCUGUACCACUAGUGAAAUACAUCCUCCUUCUCAAAGAGCGCGUUCAUUCUGCAUGUUUGACGUUUGUUUUCUUGGUUUGGCUCGGACAAUCCGAGGAGGGUUAUAUUAAGAUGUAUACUUUCAUUUAGUUCUAUAUAUAAUAACAAUGUUAUUAUGUUGUCAUUGUGUGACAAUCCUGAACUGUUGUUUUUCACACUAGCGUAUUAUAUUAUACCUUAAUUUAUAUCCUUUCUUUCCCUGUUUCAUUUGCACAUGUAGUAGCCUUCGGUUAGCAACGCUUUGCCUGUUGUCAGGACGGCUCCUACUCAGAAUGUUCAUCACGUAUUCUAGAGACCUUAAACCUCUAUUCUAUUGGGUGAUCUACUUAGCUAAUAUUCUUGAGGACAUGUUAAUUAAUUAUGCUUACUGCUUCGCCACCCAUUCUGCGGUCUUUGGCAGACCCAUACGAUCUUGAUUACCUAACCUGUUUCCUAGUUGAACAUGGUAAUAUAAAUUGCACGACAUUGCCAAAUGGGAUUUUCUGGGUGUCAUUAGAAAGGAAACGGGGAAACUAUAACUGAGCGAAUCCUCCACCUCCCCUUCCCCUAGCUGUGUAUAAAUGAUAUGACUGGGAAACCAGAAACCAAGUCCACUUGUCUGUCUACCUUUACAAUAAAGUCUUUAAACAA